AGGCGGGACCCAAAGUAGGCGAGGCCUACGGAAGCUGGGGCUUCUUGCUGUGAGGUCCGGUUAUCUAGUGUUGUGGAGGGUCCUUGAGGCAGGAGUAAAAAUUGGGUCUGGGGAUUAGUCCUGGGGUGGAGGUCUGGGCACGCCAGGUCGGACCCCCUCCAUCUUCGGUUUUACACACCCAGCUUUCCAGGGGUGAGUCGCGGCGGAUCGGGCGGCGUCGCGUGCGUGACGUCAUCCAUCGGCGCCGCGCGAAGCUCCAGUGGCCUUGACCUCCCGCGGCGUGGGAGGCUGUGAGGCGAUGCUGCAGUUGGUCCGGGCCGGGGCGCGCGCCUGGCUUCGGCCUACAGGCUGCCGGGGCCUGAGUUCGCUGGCGGAAGAGGCAGCGCGUCCGACCGAGAACCCGGAGCAGGUGGCGGUGGCGAGCGAGGGUCUCCCGGAGCCCGUGCUGCGCAAAGUCGAGCUCCCGGUACCCGCUCAUCGACGCCCGGUGCAGGCCUGGGUCGAGUCCCUGCGAGGCUUCGAGCAGGAGCGCGUGGGCCUGGCCGACCUGCACCCCGAUGUUUUCGCUACCGCGCCCAGGCUGGACAUCCUGCACCAGGUUGCCAUGUGGCAGAAGAACUUCAAGAGGAUUAGCUAUGCCAAGACCAAGACGAGGGCCGAGGUACGGGGUGGUGGCCGGAAGCCUUGGCCACAGAAAGGCACCGGGCGGGCCCGGCAUGGCAGCAUCCGCUCUCCACUCUGGCGAGGAGGAGGUGUUGCCCAUGGCCCCCGGGGCCCCACGAGUUACUACUACAUGCUGCCCAUGAAGGUGCGGGCCCUGGGCCUCAAAGUGGCACUGAGCAUCAAGCUGGCCCAGGAUGACCUGCACAUUAUGGACUCCCUAGAGCUGCCCACCAGAGACCCACAGUACCUGACGGAGCUGGCGCGCUACCGCCGCUGGGGGGACUCCGUGCUCCUCGUGGACUUGACAUACGAGGAGAUGCCACAGAGCAUCGUGGAGGCCACCUCUAGGCUCAAGACCUUCAACCUGAUCCCGGCUGUUGGCCUAAAUGUGCACAGCAUGCUCAAGCACCAGACGCUGGUCCUGACGCUGCCCACCAUCGCCUUCCUGGAGGACAAGCUGCUCUGGCAGGACUCGCGUUACAAACCCCUCUACCCCUUCAACCUGCCCUACAGCAACUUCCCCUGACCCCCGCCCCACGCUACCCAGGGCCCGGUGGCCACCCCGUACCACUCAUGAUGUGAAGCACCUCUUCUGAGCCAGGCAGAGCCCGUGGCUGACUUGGGAGCCUCAGGCCCACGCCCACCCUUCGAGGAUGGUGCCACCUGGACCCCCUCAUUCCAGGGAGGAAACUGAGGCCACAGGGAGUGGCCAUCGCCAUUGGGAAGGGGCGACUCCACAGAGAGCCCAGGCGGGCUCCUGCAUCCAUUCUCUCUUUGUUUUUAAAAUAAAUUGUAUUUUUGAAUCAAGGAGGAUAAACAGA